UAGGACCCGGCGGGGCACGGCGGACUAGGGCUAAGGGUCGGGGAGGUCGGGAGCGCGCCGGCGAUUCCGGAGCAGUGGCGGCGUUGCCGGAGUCGGGAGCGAGCAGGCCUGCGAGCAGCUGGGGUGCUGGAGGAGGAGCGGGGGGCCCGGUUCUCUGGCCAUGGCACAAGUAGAGAAACGAGGUGGCUUGCUCCGGAAAUCCUCAGCCUCAAAAAAACCACUAAAGGAAAAAGUGGUGCUGAUGUAUGAUGAGAUUUUUAUGACGGAGGACCCCAGUAAGUGUAGUCCUCGGUUUUGGGAGGAGCUCUUCCUCAUGAAGGUGAACUUAGAGUAUCUGGAAGGCAAGCUGGAGUCUCUGGAUGGUGAGGAGUUAAUGAAGAUCAAGGACAAUGUUAACUGUUUAUUUCAACACUGUAUCCAGGCUCUAGGAGAGGAGCAUCCCAUCCGAGUUGUCAAUGCUUUGCAGACCUUGUGUGCACUAAUUCGAGGAGUCCACCAGAAGAAUAAAUCUACAUCUGGAUUCGAUAUCAUCAACAUGCUAAUGGGUUUUGACAAAGCGGAGCUAUGCAUGAAGAACUUGAUGGAGAGUUUGGAUUCAUUACUGUGCGCAGAAGGUUCUGAAAGUCUGAAGAGUUUAUGUCUGAAACUUCUUCUUUGCUUAGUGACUGUUACAGACAACAUCAGUCAGAACACUAUCCUGGAAUAUGUAAUGAUCAACAGUAUAUUUGAAGCAAUUUUACAGAUACUGUCCCAUCCUCCAAGUCGUAGAGAGCAUGGCUAUGAUGCUGUUGUCCUCUUGGCUUUGCUGGUGAACUACAGAAAAUAUGAGUCUGUGAAUCCUUAUAUUGUGAAGCUGUCUAUUGUGGAUGACGAGGCUACACUGAAUGGUAUGGGGCUUGUGAUCACUCAGGCUUUAUCUGAGUACAACAGGCAGUAUAAAGACAAGGAAGAAGAACACCAGAGUGGUUUUUUCUCUGCCUUAACAAAUAUGGUGGGCAGCAUGUUCAUAGCAGAUGCCCCUGAGAAAAUCUCAGUACAGACCAAUGAGGCCAUUCUUCUGGCACUUUAUGAAGCUGUCCAUUUAAAUCGAAACUUCAUCACAGUAUUAGCUCAGAGCCAUCCAGAAAUGGGGUUGGUGACAACCCCUGUCAGUCCUACUCCAACAACCCCAGUCACACCACUUGGGACCACUCCACCCUCUUCUGAUGUCAUAGGUCCUGUGGAGCUCCCACUGGAUGCAGAUGUACAGACCAGUAAUCUACUGAUAACCUUCUUAAAGUACAGCUCGAUUGUCAUGCAGGACACCAAAGAUGAACACAGGCUUCACAGUGGCAAACUCUGUCUGAUUAUCCUUACAUGUAUUGCAGAGGAUCAGUAUGCCAAUGCAUUUUUACAUGAUGACAACAUGAAUUUUCGAGUAAACUUACAUAGAAUGCCUAUGAGACACAGGAAGAAGGCGGCUGACAAGAACCUUCCUUGCCGUCCCUUGGUGUGUGCAGUCCUGGACCUGAUGGUGGAGUUCAUUGUGACACACAUGAUGAAGGAGUUCCCUAUGGACCUCUAUGUGCGGUGUGUCCAGGUUGUGCAUAAACUGCUGUGUUACCAGAAGAAGUGUAGAGUUCGCCUGCACUAUACCUGGCGGGAGCUCUGGUCAGCCUUGAUAAACUUGCUGAAGUUCCUUAUGUCAAAUGAAACUGUACUUUUGGCCAAACACAACAUUUUUACAUUGGCCCUUAUGAUUGUGAACCUGUUUAAUAUGUUUAUCACAUAUGGUGACACAUUCCUGCCGACCCCCAGCAGCUACGAUGAGCUUUACUAUGAAAUUAUCCGCAUGCACCAGAGCUUUGACAACCUCUACUCCAUGGUCCUUAGGCUUUCUACCAACGCAGGCCAGUGGAAGGAAGCAGCUAGCAAGGUGACGCAUGCAUUGGUUAAUAUCAGAGCCAUCAUCAAUCAUUUUAAUCCCAAAAUUGAGUCCUACGCUGCUGUGAAUCACAUAUCUCAACUCUCGGAAGAACAGGUACUAGAGGUGGUCCGAGCCAACUAUGACACACUCACAUUAAAGCUCCAAGAUGGCCUGGACCAGUAUGAGCGCUACUCUGAGCAACACAAGGAAGCUGCCUUCUUCAAAGAGCUGGUUCGAUCCAUAAGUACAAACGUCAGGAGGAACCUGGCCUUCCACACACUCAGCCAGGAAGCCCUCCUGAAGGAGUUCUCCACCAUCUCCUGAGGCUGCACCUCCUGAGAGCCACUGACUGCCCUUACCAUGAGGCUCCUGGGCUGGAGGGCAAGCAGAGGGAGAGGGGCCUGCCUUCAAGGUUGGAGAGAAGCACAGACGGAGAGUCUUGGUGAAGACCAUGCUUCAGUGAGCUUGGACGCUGGGGCAAGCCCAGGAUGAUCUUAUUUAGGGAGAAAUGGGCGGGAACAGAAAAGGCAUCCAAAGAUGUGGGGCUUGUGGGCUGCAUUCGCUGGAUACUGCCUCAUGAUCCUAACUGAGAUUCCAAGUCUGGCUUCUGAUUAUUGAGGUGCUUGGUGGGGCAGGCCUCUGCUGACGCCAACACUCUGAAGGCCGGUGGCUGUUCUCGGCUAUGAUGCCACAUCCUGUUUCCUUUUUGGACCUGGAGCUGAGCGAGGUCCCUGCCCCUGCUGCAGUGCGUACAGUCCUAAGCACUGAUGCCCAGGCAUAGAGCAGGUCAGGGGUUGGCGCCUUUUUUGUUGUUUUCUACAUUUAAAGUUGAUGCCUCAGAGAAACUAGAGAUUGGAAUCGCCCGGUGCUCUGCUGUCUGACCUCUGCUUUCUGGGUUUUGGUUUUGGCACCAGGAGCACCUGUUCAUUCUCCCCUGCUUUCCAACCGUUGACUCAUCAGCACAAUAGGCCCACAACUUAGCCUUUCAUUUUUAGUCUGUUUUAAACUGUCUUCAGAGAGUGUGUGAAAUAAACAUUGACAGGUUUUCUGGAGCCCUCAAGGUGCCUACUUUGCUGGUUCCCUUUCCAGCAGCCCCCCCCCCAUCCACCCCUCCAAUGGGAGCCUGGAUGAGCUCCGCUCCACCCCCUCACCCUGCUGUUGUUUACAUUCAGCCUGCCUAAGAAUUUCCUCCAGGGAGGAAUCUGUUCCUGCUGUGGUCUGGUGCUGGGAGGAAGAACCUGCUGGGGUUGGGAGCUGUUGAUGGGAGCCACUAGGUGAGCGCCAUCCCAGGACCUCCAUCUUGUCUAGCCACGGUCCAGCUGGGCCUUGCGCAAUCCCACCUUCACGAAGUUGGUCUGUGCGGUCUGUCUUUUUAUAGUCUCCAUGGAACCUGUAGGGCUUUCCCUUCCCCACAGCUACCCCUAAAACAGCUGCUCCUCUAAGGCCCCCAGCCUAAAGCUAUGUAGGUGGCAGGAGCGGGCAGCACAGCGAGGACCAGAGGGAGACUGAGGGAGUCUGGGGCUUUCAGAGCUCCUGUCCACUUAGCAUCCAUCUCUUUGGGAUACUAGCCCUCCCUGGAAGCCAGAGUUCUGACUGAGCAGAAUUGUGCUGGUUCUAGAGACUUAUCAUGUGCGUAGAUGUAGAAUCGUAAGCCAAUGUGGGCUGGGCCAUGCCUGAUCACUGGUCACUAGAUGGUAACUUGACCCGAGGGUUUUAGUGUUUUCCGUGGCUGGGGCUGGUGGCAAAUCAAAGCUAUUAAAGAUUGACUUGUGUGGGACAGUC